AUGUAUGUUAUUAUUCAUAGCUUAAAAACCACCACAGAACCAAUAUAUAUAUUGCAUAAUGGAGGAGCAGGUGUAAGGAAGAGUUAUGUGAGGAAUAGAUUGCAUAGUGGAGGAGCAGGUGUAGGGAAGAGUUAUGUGAGGAAUACAUUGCAUAGUGGAGGAGCAGGUGUAGGGAAGAGUUAUGUGAGGAAUACAUUGCAUAGUGGAGGAGCAGGUGUAGGGAAGAGUUAUGUGAGGAAUAGAUUGCAUAAUGGAGGAGCAGGUGUAGGGAAGAGUUAUGUGAGGAAUAGAUUGCAUAGUGGAGGAGCAGGUGUAGGGAAGAGUUAUGUGAGGAAUACAUUGCAUAGUGGAGGAGCAGGUGUAGGGAAGAGUUAUGUGAGGAAUAGAUUGCAUAAUGGAGGAGCAGGUGUAGGGAAGAGUUAUGUGAGGAAUAGAUUGCAUAGUGGAGGAGCCGGUGUAGGGAAGAGUUAUGUGAGGAAUAGAUUGCAUAGUGGAGGAGCAGGUGUAGGGAAGAGUUAUGUGAGGAAUACAUUGCAUAGUAGAGGAGCAGGUGUAGGGAAGAGUUAUGUGAGGAAUAGAUUGCAUAAUGGAGGAGCAGGUGUAGGGAAGCGUUAUGUGAGGAAUAGAUUGCAUAAUGGAGGAGCAGGUGUAGGGAAGCGUUAUGUGAGGAAUAGAUUGCAUAAUGGAGGAGCAGGUGUAGGGAAGCGUUAUGUGAGGAAUAGAUUGCAUAAUGGAGGAGCAGGUGUAGGGAAGAGUUAUGUGAGGAAUAGAUUGCAUAAUGGAGGAGCAGGGGUAGGGAAGAGUUUUGUGAGGAAUAGAUUGCAUAAUGGAGGAGCAGGUGUAGGGAAGCGUUAUGUGAGGAAUAGAUUGCAUAAUGGAGGAGCAGGUGUAGGGAAGAGUUAUGUGAGGAAUAGAUUGCAUAGUAGAGGAGCAGGUGUAGGGAAGAGUUAUGUGAGGAAUAGAUUGCAUAGUAGAGGAGCAGGUGUAGGGAGGAGUAAUGUGAGGAAUAGAUUGCAUAAUAGAGGAGCAGGUGUAGGGAAGCGUUAUGUGAGGAAUAGAUUGCAUAGUAGAGGAGCAGGUGUAGGGAAGAGUUAUGUGAGGAAUAGAUUGCAUAGUGGAGGAGCCGGUGUAGGGAAGAGUUAUGUGAGGAAUAGAUUGCAUAGUGGAGGAGCCGGUGUAGGGAAGAGUUAUGUGAGGAAUAGAUUGCAUAAUGGAGGAGCAGGUGUAGGGAAGAGUUAUGUGAGGAAUAGAUUGCAUAGUAGAGGAGCCGGUGUAGGGAAGAGUUAUGUGGGGACUAGAUUGCAUAGUGGAGGAGCAGGUGUAGGGAAGAGUUAUGUGAGGAAUAGAUUGCAUAAUGGAGGAGCAGGUGUAGGGAAGAGUUAUGUGAGGACUAGAUUGCAUAGUGGAGGAGCAGGUGUAGGGAAGAGUUAUGUGAGGACUAGAUUGCAUAAUGGAGGAGCAGGCGUAGGGAAAAUUUAUGUGAGGAAUAGAUUGCAUAGUGGAGGAGCAGGUGAAGGGAAGAGUUAUGCGAGGAAUAGAUUGCAUAGUGGAGGAGCAGGUGUAGGGAAGAGUUAUGUGAGGAAUAGAUUGCAUAAUGGAGGAUCAGGUGUAGGGAAGAGUUAUGUGAGGAAUAGAUUGCAUAGUGGAGGAGCAGGUGUAGGGAAGAGUUAUGUGAGGAAUAGAUUGCAUAGUGGAGGAGCAGGUGUAGGGAAGAACAUCUUUUCACCAUUAAUGACAAAGAAGAUGAUUACAGUGUUUAUGUAA